AUGGGCCAGGCGGAAACACUCAUCGCACACAUUUCUUUCUUGACAAGCUAUUACGAGCCCAAUAGUCCUCUUUCUCAAGUCGGGAACGACAUUGACGAGCAGCUACGCGAGGAACGCGACGAACAGCAUGAAGAGACGCCAACAGCGGUUGUACGAACAGCGACGACAGCUACUGGGCGACUGCCGACUGAUAGAGGCACAAAACGGAAUCAGGGAGCAGUAGGAAGUACGACGGACGAUGACGGAGCGAGUGGGCUUUUGGUGGAGCGACGACGACGACGUCGUAGACGUAACAGAGCGGACCAGUAUGCGUUGGAGUACGAGCUCUUCCCAGCAGGAGACGUUGAGCGGUGGACGACAGGCGAUAGCGGACAAUGGACAGCUAAGGACGGGCGACCAGGGAGCCGAUGGGUUUCGAUUGCCGAGUACGAGCAACUCUACAGCGCCGGACGGGUCGUGGGAAGACCCUUGGAGAGAGGAAGUCGUGUAAUGGGGCUCAGUGUGCUGAUACAGGUGAAGCGUUGCCGGGUAUUGAAGUGGGCAUGGGUGCCAUUCCACGGAAGCGAGUGA